AUGGGUCUUUUCUCUCUCUGUCGGAGUGCGCAAAGUCACUUCCACAUAGCGGAAAAGAGCUUUAUAUUUGCCCCUCAUUUAACACCAGUUACCAUAAAAAAGAAGCGAGUCACUACAGAGUCCAUCACUUCUACCACAGUCCCAACAACAUAUUUCUCACAUGGCCCUCGUUUAACACCAGUUUCCACAGGGCCCUCACCUAACACCCCAUUUCCAUACCAGAAACGAGUCACUGCAGAGUCCAUCACUUCUACCACACUCCCAACAACAUAUUUCUCACAUGGCCCUCGUUUAACACCAGAUUCCACAGGCCCAUCAUUUAACACCAGUUUCCACAGGGGCCAUCAUAUAACACCAGUUUCCACAGGGCCCUCACUUAACACCCCAUUUCCAUCCCAGAAGCGAGUCACUGCCGAGUCCACCCCUUCUAGCCCAGUCCCAACAACAUAUUUCUCACAUGGCCCUCGUUUAACACCAGAUUCCACAGGGCCCUCACUUAACACCCCAUUUCCAUCCCAGAAGCGAGUCACUGCCGAGUCCACCCCUUCUAGCCCAGUCCCCCCUUCGCCCGCCGCGCCGUCCAUUCAGAAAUCCCCGUUUUCUGUGGCGGGUCCGUUGACUCCUCGCCGAUCGUCAAUGUUUGUAAACACCGCGAUGGAGGAAGGGGACGUCGCCGCGCCGGCCGAACCUGCCAGGAGAAAGGCCGCUACCACUGCGUCGCUCAAUAUCAGCAAGAAAAAUGCCACUCGGUUGAAGAGAGUAUCAUCCAUAUUGAGAAAAAAGCAUGACAGUCUCACUCCAGAAGAGAGACGAAUUCUUGAGGAGAAUUCUGAAUUAGUGGAACAGUUUUAUAAGAGGCGAGAGAGACGGGCAGUUUGGCAAUCUCGGAAGACAGAACAGGAAGAUUCACCAGAGUUGUUGGAAGCCAAGUGCGAACAACUUGCACAGGCUAUCCAUGAUGCUGAAUUCCUGGUUGUGUACACAGGGGCUGGCAUCUCAACUGCUGCCUCCAUACCAGACUAUAGAGGCCCUAAUGGAAUUUGGACAAUGCUGCAGAAGGGCUUAGACAUUGGGCACCAUGACCUCUCUGCAGCUGAGCCUACUUUAACACACAUGGCACUUUCUGCACUUUAUCACCAAAACAUUGUGAGACAUGUAGUUUCCCAAAACUGUGAUGGCCUCCACCUCCGCUCUGGCCUUCCCAAGACAGCUAUGUCUGAAGUCCACGGCAACAUGUACAUUGAGGUUUGCAAGCACUGUGUUCCAGCACGGGAAUAUGUAAGAACUUUUGAUGUCACUGAGAGAACUUCCAUCUAUAAACACACUACAGGGCGCCGCUGUUAUAGAUGCGGUGAGCCUUUGAUAGAUACAAUUGUACAUUUUGGGGAGAGGGGGAAACUGCGAUGGCCCCUCAAUUGGCAAGGAGCAUGUCAGGCAGCCAAUGCCUGUGAUACAAUACUCUGCUUGGGAUCAAGUUUAAAGGUUCUGAAAAAGUACCCAUGGCUUUGGCAAAUGGACCGACCACCCAAAAAACGACCACAACUUUAUAUUGUCAACCUACAGUGGACCCCAAAAGAUAAGGAUGCAACCCUCAAGAUUAACGGAAAAUGUGAUGUUGUGAUGGCUUUAGUAAUGAAGGCCAUGGGGUAUGAACUUCCCUACUAUUGUAGGGCAAGUGACCCGAUUUUUCAUCUGUCGACCCCUCUUCAUCCUGGGGAAUACUCUACCACAACACGGCCCCACCUCCAACCACCAACGGAAGAUGAGGAAGAACCUGCUGCCAUGAAGGAGGAGGAGGAGGAGGGCUCUGCCUCGGAUGUGAGAUGGAGAAAGGAUGGUGCAGACAAAUCAAAGAAAAGGAGAACUCAGGCGAAGGCUGAUGGGUACUUAGGUGACAAUGAAAUAAAAAAUGACAUUAAAAGUGAGAAUGAGAGCAAAUGUGAUAUCAAGACAGUGAAUGGCCUAACUUCUACUUGGGAUAUAAAAGCUGCUCACCUGAGUGAGAGUGAAGGUUCACUGCUACAAGAAAAGUUUAAAUGCAAUUCAUUUCUCCUUUGUGAUGACAGUCUUAUUAAAAGAGAAGAUGACAUGAAGCACAAAAUUAAAGAUGAAGAAGACACUAGUGAAGAGAAAGUUUGGGUUGAGGAUACAAAUAGUGAGUGCAGUCAGUUUGUUAGGGAGAAUUCCUUAAUCAACAGGUCUUUGGAGGAGGAGGAGGAGUUCAAGGGUGAUCCAAUGGAAGAAGAUGAAAUAAAGAAUGAGUCCAUGGAAGAAGAUGAGAUGAAAAAUGAGUCCAUGGAAGAAGAUGAGAUAAAAAAUGAGUCCAUGGAAGAAGAACCAAAGAGUGAGCCUUUGGAGGAAGAGGAAGAAGAGGAUGAGGAUACCAGAAAUGAGCCAUCAGAUGAAGAGGAAGUGAAAAGUGAACCUUUAGAAGAGGAUCUAAAAAGUGAUGGCUUAGAGAGUGAUGAAGAAUCUCAACUGUCAGAUGUGGAAUCUUGUACUUGGAUGAGCGAAAAUCUGAGUGAAAAUUUUCUGAACACAAAUGUGAAUUCCUUGAAAAGUAGUGAAAGUUCAUGCUCAGAGUCUGAUCUAAGUGAGAAAGCAGACUGUGAGAAAGGAAAUGACAGUGACUCACCAGUGAGGAAAUGCAAUAACAUAGAUUAUUUCAAACUAGCCUAUUCAUCAACCAAUGUUAAGAUGGCUAAGCAUGGGCAGGCUCUCUUAAAACAGAAUGAUUUCUAUGGCACAGGUCUUUGUAUCAGGUCCUUAGGGGAAAGUCCAGUGAGCAGUGGAAAAGAAAUGCGGGCAAAAAGUGCAAGUAAUGGGAUGAGAACAAAUGUAUAUUUCAAUGCUAAGGAAAUGUCUGUCAGUAAACAGUGCCAAGAAAGUGUGACAGAUCAGUGCAGCAAUACUGAGCAACUUGUUGAUACUGUAGAGAGGGAUAGUGCAAACACCUACCUAAACCCUGCCUCAGCAACUGAUUCUAAAAUGUCUAGUCUUCCUAACUGCCAUGAUUCUCCUUCCAUAUUAUCCAUGUGUUCAAGUGACAGUAGUGAUAAGGUAAUGGUUCCUAAUUCCCUGGUAGAAACAGAAGAAAGUGACUCAGUGGUUCAAAGAGAAGUUUUAACUUCAGGCAGUUUAAAGGAAAACCUUGACUUUCAGCUGAAACAGACUUAUGACAGAGAGCUUUCACUAGUUGUUCCUCAGUUUCACAGCAGUGUAUUACCAGUAGAGAAAGAUUGUGUUGUUAAGUCAGAGGAGGUUUGUGUAAAUGCUCAUUCUGCUGAAAAUAUGAAUCCAGCUGUCUCUAAUUCCUCAACUGAUGAAUGUAGUCAAAAUGGCUCAAUAGUGGCUGAUGGCAGUUUUUUACUUAGAACACAUAUUGUUGAUGGAAUAAUCAGGACAGCCUGUGUUGAAACACUUGUAGAAAAUGAAUCUGAAUGUAAAGAGGAAAUCCCAGAGGCUUGUGAUGCAUCUCAAGAGUCAUUUCCUAGAACUUGUGAGGGUCAAACUCAGUUACAGAACAGUACAGAUGCAAAAUAUUCAGUUGAAUCCUCUGAGAGUGAGGAGCUGAAGUCCAUAUGGUAUCAAAGCUUCUGUGGAACUAGUAGUAAUAAUAUAAUGGGUACUACCAAAAAGGAAGAAAGAAAAGGCACUAAUAAACGCAAUCAUCAGAGUACAGAAAAAUCAAGUUCUGUAAUUCUCAAAAAUAUAUGUACAGAAGCCUUGAAUGAUAGUGUUACUAGGCAAAAAGGAGCUGCCAAAAGAAAAUUUACAGGGUGUGAUAAUGAUGAUGUUAAGUACAUUUGGUUUUGGGGAUUUGAUAGUAACUCAGAGGUUAAGGAGAAAGAUGCUGUUGGAAAUGUUCCAGACAGAAGCAAUAAAGCACAGGAAACAAAUUCUUCACCUGAGGUUGAUGUUGAAGGAUUUGAUAGUGGUGACAGUCUUCCUGUUGGAAGAGUGACAAGGAGCAGAACUAGAGCAUCUUGUGACUCAAAAGUGGAACCAGAACCUGAUGUUUUCAAGUGUCACUGUAAUGGUAGCAAUCCAGAACUCUGCAAGCUGGCUAAGCUAAAACCUGCCAAAGUCAAGUGUGAUGAAGUGCAGAAAGCAAGAGACAUUAUAAAUAGGAGACGGACCUGCAAUUACCGUAGGUUUGAACCUGUUUUUGAGAAAAAUCUUGAGAGUUUGACAUACGAGAGAGCUAAGACAAAGAGAAAAUCCAAAUUUGAGCAGGUGCAGAAUAAUGAGGAUUAUGAGGAAGAGGAAGACUUCGAAGAGCAAGAGAAUGAAAUGAAAGAAGAGGCUGAUCAAAAAAUGAGUGAUGGUGAAGAGUUCAGAGAGAAGGAUGAGAAAGAAGAGAAGAAAAUUACACCAGGCUGGUAUGGUAAAGGACUAAGGAAAGGUAUGAAGAAAAAGACAAGAGUGUAAACUUACAUACGAGACUCGGAAAUUUGAAUUUCAUUGACUUUUUAUGUAAUUUGCUGGAAAACUAGUGUGGUAUAUCUUAACAAUGCUUAAGGUCGCCUUUUUAUUUAGGAACUAGUAAUAUUAGAGUAUUCAAAAGUUGAGGCUGGUCACUUGUAGUACCUGAUGGGUGUGACAUGGAAGGUGGAAAUCUUUGUCAAGUUGAUUUAUGUUUAAGUUUGUACUUAUGUGAAGAUUGAAGAAACAAGUGAUAGUAUAUACUUCUGUAUCAUAAAAGUCACAAGAGCAGUUUCUUUGAGAAGUCACCAGGGAGUGACGAGAUUUAAUGUGAUUUAGCUAAGGUGUCUGAUGUCUUAGGAGUCUAAGCUGUCCUGAAUGAAACAAGAAUACAAAAUAUCUUAUCAUAAAUUUUUAAGCUCAAUAAAAGGAGAUAUUUUAGUGUGUGUGUGUGUUUGUGUGUGUUUGUGUGUG